AUGGCGAGAGGCGGCACUAACAACAAUUCACAACCUCCUACCAUGGAAGAGAUGAUGGCCAUGAUCAAUGGCCUAAGAGAGGAGAAUGCGCGCUCCCGGGAGAGAGAAGAAGCCAUUCAACGCGAGAAUGAGGAGAUUAGGAGGAGGGCGGAUGAGAUGCAAGCCAGAAUAGCAGCUAAUACUAGGAUUGUGGAGGAGGAUGUCAUGCUGGAGGUCCCGAGAGACUUUCGGCCAUUCUCGGAAGCCAUAGAAGCUGAGAUCAUCCCUAGGGAUCAUCGAAUCCCACAAGUCGAACCUUUUGACGGAACACAGGACCCCGGCCAACACUUGACGAAUUUUCGAGCCCAAAUGUUGAUCUGUGGUGGGAGCAUGGAGGUCCGUUGCAAAUUGUUCAUGGGCACGCUCAAAAAGGCGGCGCUUGAUUGGUUUAGCGGUCUUCUUGAUCGAUCGAUCACCGACUUCGAUGUCUUCAGUCGGCUUUUCAUGGCGCAAUUCGCCGCUAACAAGAGGAAGCCGCCGAUCACAUCAGACUUGUUCGACCUCAAGCAACAACGCGAGGAGUCCCUAAAAGACUUUAUGCAAAGGUUUAAUGAGGUCGCCUUGAGGAUAGCGUCUUUGGAUGAACGGAUGGCGGUGAUCGCGUUCCAGAAGGGUUUAAGGUCCGGGGCUUUCGAUAUCGCGCUUGAAAAAGCAAAUUGUCAGACGAUGUCGGAAGUCUGGGCUUUCGCAUUGAGUCAUAUCAAGACGGAGGAGAACCAGAUUAUUAAAAGGGCAGCGGAGAACCGAGAAGCAUCGAGUAGCAAUAAGGAGGGCAACAAAUAUCUCCGGCCGCGGUCGGAUUGGAGUAAGUGA